AUGCUCUUCGACAAAUUCUCCACUGCCGGCCCGGUUCUCUCGAUUCGUGUCUGCCGUACUGCGAUCACUCGCCGCCCGCUCGGCUACGCCUACGUCAACUUUCAACAACCAGCUGAUGCCGAACGUGCUCUUGCCACGAUGAACUUCGACGCACUCAAUGGAAAGCCGAUUCGCAUUAUGUGGCCCAAUCGUGAUCCAUCUACUCGUCGCUCUGGAGCUGGAAAGAUCUUCAUCAAGAAUCUUGACAAGUCCAUUGACGACAAAGCUGUCUACGAUACGUUCUCGCCUUUCGGAAACAUUCUUUCGUGCAAGAUUGCUCUCGAUGAUGAGGGACAAUCGAAGGGCUAUGGCUUCGUGCAUUUCGAGACCAAGAACGCUGCAACUAGAGCCAUUGAGAAAGUUAAUGGAAUGCUUCUCGCAGGAAAACAAGUGUCCGUUUCAAAAAAAUCU